AAUAAUUAUUAUUUUCUGCUUAGAUGUUAAAUCAUUUCUAAUGAGUGCUAAUCAUGAUCAAUACUGACCUUGAACAUUUUAAUUAUGAAGUCAGAGAAGAUUUUGACAUUGACGAUGGAAACGAUGAUGGAGAUGAUGAGUUUGAAAAGUUGCAAAAUUACAUUCAUGAACAUGCACCACCCUCCGAACGAUGGUAUCAUGGUCGGUUAGGUCGAAAAGAUGGUGAAGAUCGCCUCCUGGCACAUGGAAAAUCUUGCUGUUAUUUGGUUCGUGAAAGUGAUCGCAAGCAAGGAGUGUACUCUCUGUCUUACCUCAGUUUGGCGGGACACAUUAGCCAUUUUAGAAUUACUGCCAUCUGCGGUGACUAUUAUAUAGGUGGAAGGCAAUUUCAUUCUCUUCAACAUUUAAUUGGUUACUAUUCGACCUAUGGUAGUUUAAUGAAAGAUGAAAGGUUAAAGGAGCCAGUUGCACCAUCUGAACCAGUGCAUUUAGGCUACAGACUCAUUGCAAAAUUUCCAUACAAAGCAACUGCAGACACAGACGAGUUAAGUUUUAAUAUUGGUGAUGUCUUUUCUGUUCAAAAUGUUUUGGAUGAAGACUGGUUAUGGGUUGUCAGUCAAAAAGACAACAAAAGUGGACUGGUACCAAAAGCUCUCACUGAAGAAGUGGACUCAUCAGCUGAUCCUUUUGAAGGAAGGAGUUGGUUUUGUUCUGUUAGUAAAGCAGAUGCACAAACAAUAUUAAUAAACUAUGGUGAUGUUGGGAAUUUUCUGAUACGACCAAGUGAUAUGCCAGGUGAUUAUUCAAUAUCUUUGAGAGAUCAAACUGGUGUUUCACGGUUUCGUAUCCAACGGCAAGGCCAAAGAUUUAUUAUUGGUGGUCGUCCAUUUGAUAGCAUCGAGGCAAUCAUAAAGCGAUAUAAUAAAGAACAGUUAGCAGAGGGUGUGUCCCUCCACUCACCUCUUGACAGAUCAAAAUAUGAAGCCUUCUAUCGUAACUUGAAAGGAUCGAUACGAAGGUCAGGGCCUGAUCUAAUGGAUGGAACAGUGCCACGAAUUAAACCACUUCGAAUAAAUUCGAGAAUUGCAAACUCUUCAAAUAUCACAAAAAGUGGCUACCUAAUAAAAAGAGGGCACAGAAACAGAUGGAAAAAACUGUAUAUGGUGUUGCGUGGUGAAGAACAACAGUUGCUGUAUUUUGACAAUGAAAAAAGAACAAAACCAAAAGGGUUGUUUGAUUUGACUUAUGCUGUUGUAUAUCAUGUGCACGAAAGUUUAUUUGGCAGGCCAAACUGCUUUCAGAUAGUCGUCAGAGCAUUAAACGAGAUGCAAACAUAUUUUUUGUGUGCAGAAACAAGUGACUCAGCACAGGAAUGGUUAGAUGUGGUCACACAAUAUUGUGGUAAUAUGCGUAACUCUAAUAAUGCUUCUGGACAAAAUGUAAAAGAAUUGAAGAGUUUAGAAUUAAGCAUAUGUCAUGCGCAGAAGAUUCCAACAAAUAAAGUACCCCAUCCAUACUGUGUCGUGUCCCUGAAUGAUGUGAAAACAUGUAGAACGAAGUCUCAGGAAGCACCAGAGCCAGUGUUUGAUGAGGAUUUCAAAUUCAAUGACCUUCCGAAUGACAUAACCUCGUUUACUGUUGCGAUAUACAAUCGUCAAAGAAGUCCAUACAAGGACAAAGAAAUGGGAAGGGUGACUGUUUAUUUAAAUACAUUGGAACCAGGAAAAGUACUUGACCAAUGGUUUGUUCUGGGCUCUUUACAACACAAAUCUGAAAUUGGAAGUAUCAGAUUAACUGCAAAAUUUGUGCAUGAAAUUAUAAUGCCUGACGAAGAAUAUGGAAAGUUGCUGGAGAUCCUACUCAGUAGAGAUUACCACAUGGUGCAGUACCUUGGUGAAGUGUCCAAGGAUUUAAAUUCGCUAGCGUAUACCUUAUUAAGAAUAUUUCGGAAAGAUAACAAUGAAUUAAAUUUAAUUAAAACCAUAACAACAAGGGAGCUACAUACAAAAGAGAAAAAAGAAACUUUAUUUCGUGGAAACACACUCUCGACGAAACUUCUCGACCAGUACAUGAAGAUGAUCGCCAUACCAUACUUGCAAGAUACGAUUGGAAGUGUUAUAUUAAAGAUUAUGGAGAGCAAGCAAUGCUGCGAGCUUAAUCCAUCAAAAGUAGAGAAAGGAUCGAACGUGGCAGAGAAUUUGCAGCAACUCAUUAAAUUCCUGGAGGAAAUAACUAGUAAUGUAUUCAACUCUGCACAGUCUUGUCCAAAACCGUUACGAUAUUUGUUUCAUUGUCUUCAACUGGAGGCUGCUAAGAAAUGGCCAGAAGAGCAAUACAUCCAAUCACGAGUUGUCAGUGCAUUUUUAUUUUUACGUUUGAUCGUUCCUGCUGUGCUAAAUCCGAAGAUGCACAACUUAGUUCAUGAAUCUCCUUCGCAGAUGUCGUCAAGGACGUUGACACUGGUGGCAAUGUGUUUACAAAAACUCGCCAACUUGGUGGAGUUUGGAUUUAAAGAGCCCUACUUGGUGGCAGUGAAUCCGUUUCUUCAGAAAUAUAGAAAAAAGAUGGUGGACUUCCUGGAUGAAAUUGCAAACCAAUCGGAAACGCCUAAAAAUACGGAAAUACUAAAGCAUGACUUGGCACGUGACCUGGCAGCUAUACACGAGACUUGUAUCAAGCACGAACAUCAGCUGGUAAAGCUCAGUUCCACUCAGCCCAAUGUGAAAAUACUUCUGGCUAUCGUGGAAGGUAUCAAACGACAGAAAGAGCAGUAUAUGAAGCAAGGAGAAUCUGUUUGUGAUGAGUUCGCCGUUUAGCAGCAUCACAUCGCUACCCAGAAAUUAUCUUCAUGUUUUUUUCAAAGAUAGCGUGGUAUCGAUAAAGUUUAAGAACGAAGGUGCUUCAUGAGUUACAAGAAAACUUUUUAUAUUAUUGAACAUAGCGUUUAUAUAUACAAUAUAUUGUAAAAAAAAUUACUGAGUAUUUCGCGCCGUCGUAUGUUUGCGCGAGUGAGCUUAAAAACAACAUUUCAGUUUAUGCGGUACAAAACUCGAAUUGCAGCAUUAUCUUAACUGCUAAACUAAUUUUAGAAAGUCUUCAGUUUCCGUUCUGUUUAGGUAGAAAAGGGGGGAGGGGAAACCGCCCUGGCGUUGUGGUUUGCCGAACAUAAAAGACCAACCUGGUUUUUUGCUAUAUUUUGCUUAGGGUAAAUUUUUCCUUUGGCGUAUAAUUUUGUUUCCCACAAGCUAAUCCAAAGGCAAGAAUAUUUUUUACGAAAAUAUCCUUUAAAUAUAAAGUUUAUUUUUUUAACGUUUAAAAUUAUUUUUUUAUUAUUGUUUUCUAACUUUUCGUAUGUUUAAAUUUUAUAGUUACAUUUGAUGCAAAGCUAUUUUGUAGUUUUGGUGAUUAUUCGGAUGUUUUUUUUUAACUAUUACUAAAGUGGAAUUUUUAUUUAGUUGAAAUGUUUGAAUGAUAAUUUUUCUUAUGGAGAAUAUAUUGUGAAAUAAAGCG